UCCAGACUCUGCCCGCUGCACCAUGGGUGUGAGGCGGCACCCCCGCCCCCACCCACUGGUGGGGGUCUGCGCCCUCCUCUCCUUGGCCGCAGCCGCCCUGCUGGGGCACGUCCUGCUGCGUGACGUCCUGGUGGUUCCCCAAGAGCCGCGUGGCCCCUCUGGAGGACUGGAGGUGACUCCUGGAGCUCAGCAGCAUGGAGCUGGCGGGCCGGGGCCCCAGCACACCCAGCAGCGCCCUGGCCAGCGCUGGGCAGCACCCACACAGUGCGACGUGUCCCCGAACAACCGCUUCGACUGCGCCCCAGACAGGGCCAUCACGCAGAACGAGUGCGAGGCCCGUGGCUGCUGCUACGCCCCGACACAGCCGGGCCCCCGGGAGCCCCUGAGGGGGCAGCCCUGGUGCUUCUUCCCGCCCAGCUACCCCAGCUACCGGCUGAAGGGCCUGAAGCCCUCAGAGACAGGCUACACAGCCGCGCUGGUCCGGGGCACGCCCGCCUUCCUCCCAAAGGACAUCCUGGUCCUACAGCUGGAUGUGCUGAUGGAGACCGACACCCGCCUGCGCCUCACGAUCAAAGACCCCUCCAGCAAGCGCUAUGAGGUGCCCCUGGAGACACCACAUGUCCACAGCCGGGCGCCGUCCCCGCUCUACAGCGUGGAGUUCUGGGAGGAGCCCUUCGGGGUGGUUGUGCGCAGGAAGUCCGAUGGCUGGGUGCUGCUGAACACGACGGUGGCCCCCCUGAUCUUUGCUGACCAGUUCCUGCACCUGUCCACUUCGCUGGCCUCCCGCUACGUCACGGGCCUUGGCGAGCGCCUCAGCCCCCUGAUGCUCAGCACCGACUGGAGCCGGGUUACCCUCUGGAACCGGGACCUGGCGCCCACACCCGGAGCCAACCUCUACGGCUCGCACCCCUUCUACAUGGUCCUCGAGGACGGCGGCUCCGCGCACGGCGUCUUCCUGCUGAACAGCAACGCCAUGGACGUGGUCCUGCAGCCCAGCCCAGCCCUCACCUGGAGGUCCACAGGAGGGAUCUUGGAUCUGUACGUCUUUCUCGGGCCAGAGCCCAAGAGCGUGGUGCAGCAGUACCUGGAUGUCGUGGGCUUCCCGUUCAUGCCUCCGUACUGGGGCCUGGGCUUCCAUCUCUGCCGCUGGGGCUACUCCUCCACCGCCAUCGUCCGCCAGGUGGUGGAGAACAUGACCCAGGCUCGCUUCCCCCUGGAUGUGCAGUGGAAUGACCUGGACUACAUGGAUGCCCGCAGGGACUUUACCUUCAACAAGGAAGGGUUCGCAGACUUCCCGGACACAGUUCGGGAGCUGCACCAGGGUGGCCGGCGGUACGUGAUGAUCGUGGAUCCUGCCAUCAGCAGCGGCAGCCCUGCGGGGAGCUACAGGCCCUACGACGAGGGUCUGCGGAGAGGGGUGUUCGUCACCAACGCCACCGGGCAGCCGCUGAUCGGGAAGGUAUGGCCUGGGUCCACCGCCUUCCCCGAUUUCACCAACCCUGAGACCCUCAACUGGUGGCGGGACAUGGUGGCCGAGUUCCACGCCCAGGUGCCCUUCGAUGGCAUGUGGAUUGACAUGAAUGAGCCCUCCAACUUCGUGAGGGGCUCUGAGCACGGCUGCCCCGACAACACUCUGGAAAACCCGCCCUAUGUGCCCGGGGUGGUUGGUGGGACCCUGCAGGCGGCCACCAUCUGUGCCUCCAGCUUGCAGUUCCUGUCCACGCACUACAACCUCCACAACCUGUAUGGCCUGACUGAGGCCAUCGCCUCCAGCAGGGCCCUGGAGAAGGUUCGAGGCACACGAUCCUUUGUGAUCUCCCGCUCGACGUUCUCCGGCCAUGGCCACUAUGCAGGCCACUGGACGGGGGACGUGUGGAGCAGCUGGGAGCAGCUGGCCUACUCUGUGCCAGAAAUCCUGCAGUUUAGCCUGCUGGGGGUGCCCCUGGUCGGCGCGGACAUCUGCGGCUUCCUGGGCAAUACCUCGGAGGAGCUGUGCGUGCGCUGGACCCAGCUGGGCGCCUUCUACCCCUUCAUGCGGAACCACAAUGACCUGCUCAGCCAGCCCCAGGAGCCGUACAGGUUCAGCCCGCCGGCCCAGCAGGCUAUGAGGAAGGCCCUGGCCCUGCGCUACGCGCUGCUGCCCCACCUCUACACGCUCUUCCACCGCGCCCACGUCCGCGGGGACACCGUGGCCCGGCCUCUCUUCCUGGAGUUCCCCACAGACUCUGGCACGUGGCUGGUGGACCGCCAGCUCUUGUGGGGGGAGGCCCUCCUCAUCACGCCUGUGCUGGACCCCGGGAAGGACGAGGUGACAGGCUACUUCCCCUCGGGCACGUGGUAUGACCUGCAGACGGUGCCAAUAGACACCUUCGGCAGCCUCCCUCUUCCGCUGUCAACACGUGGCAGGACUGCCAUCCACAGCCGGGGACAGUGGGUGACGCUGCCAGCCCCGCUGGACACCAUCAACGUCCACCUGCGGGCGGGGUACAUCGUGCCUUUACAGGGCACCGCCCUCACAACCACUGAGUCCCGCAAGCAGCCCAUGGCCCUGGCUGUGGCCCUGGCAGCUGGCGGCGAGGCCCGUGGGGAGCUGUUCUGGGACGAUGGGGAGAGCCUGGGGGUGCUGGAGGCAGGGGCCUACACGGAGGUCACCUUCUCUGCCAAGAAUAACACGGUCGUGAGCCGGCCGGUGCACGUGAGCAGGGAAGGCGCAGACUUGCAGCUGAGCAGGGUGGUGGUGCUGGGGGUGUCCGCAGCCCCCCAGCAGGUCCUCUCCGACGGCAUCCCCGUCUCCAACUUCACCUACAACCCCAGCAGCCAGCUCCUGGCUAUCCCCGUCUCACUGUCCAUGGGACAGCAGUUUUGCAUCAGCUGGGCCUAGCAGAUGCACGGUGGUGUGCAGGGGCAGAGGUGCCGCCCGGGGCGGAGGCCAGCGCAUGACAGCGCACCACGGACAGCUCCUGGGGCUGACCCUGGUCUGAAGCUCCCGGAGAGCUCCUGCUGUC